AGGACCCUCGCUGUGGAUACAGAGCUCGUUCAGCUAAAUCAUAACGAAUCAUAUUUUCAGGCGAUUAGACACUAAUGAAAACACACUAAUGAAGAUUUUGUUAUUAGAUAAUACUGAAUCUUUAAUAAAUGACGUAAACACGUGGCUUCUUCCUUAUUUGGGUAGCGCGUGGUCGCGUUUGUUGGACGUCACGAGCCUCAAACAGCUGAUCGUCAGUCGUCAACUAUGCGCCACGAGCUGACAACACAGCAGCACGAGCUUCACCUUGUUGUGAACCCAGCUGGACACGAGCGCAACAUCCGCGAGGACACCGACACCGACCCCGACCCGACCCGACCGACAUGCCGAAGUACUGCUCGGUACCGAACUGCAGGAACGACUCCGGGAGCGCGAGCGACAGGAAGAGCUUCUACAAGUUCCCUCUGCAGGACGCGGCCCGGCUGCAGCAGUGGCUGAGGAACAUGGGUCGUGAGAACUGGACUCCCUCUCGACACCAGUACAUCUGCCACGAACACUUUGCACCCUCGUGCUUUAAGGUGCGAUGGGGCAUCCGUUACCUGGAGAGCGAUGCCGUGCCCACAGUCUUCCAGGAGGCCGAGAAACGGAAAGCCGCUGAUCACGCCGAGAAGAAGCCCAAGCGUCUUCGAGUUAACGGUAACGAAAGCGUAACGGAUGACAGGUCGGUGACUGUUGCUGCUGCUGCUGCUGAGACGGAGAGCACGUUGCACACGGUGCACCUGUAUGAAAUCACUGUCGACCCAUUGCAGCAGGCGGAAACCGGUCUGCAGGAGUCGAGCGAUGUCGGUGUAUCGGACCGUUCUCUCCAGACUGACAUAAACUCGCUGGCAUCAGUGGACGGAUUCGAAACGGGGACGAAUUUCCCUUUAACUUUACUCCAGACGGUGAAUGAUCUAAGCGGUGGCGGCGAGAAUACAGAGGUGGUGGUGAUGUCUGAAUGCCCGGCCGGCGAGGGGCAAGAUGAGCUUGUGAACAGAAUCACUGCUGCCAUCCUGACUCAGGGCCGCGGGCUGCUCGUGAACGACUCCGCGCUUGGCUGCGCAGACGAAGCCGUGGCUUCUCUCUGCGUUGAAGAUGUGACUUAUACCACGGAGGAAUUCUCAAAUGUCCACGAAGGCCAGGAGACUCAAGCCAUCGCCUACUUCGAGACGAUACCCAGCGUUCUCCCCGGCGAAACCUCGACUCAGCUCAGCUACACUCCCGAUACCGUGCUGUCGUCCGCCCUGAGCUCCAAACCUAUCACAUCUACUCUGCCUAUAGUGUCCAAACAUGUGCCACCGUCCCCAACGUCCCUGGUCCUCACUGUGGAAAGGCUGGACAGAGACGACGGAGAGGGAGAUGACGGCCAGUCAGACGAUGACGGUGGCAUAGAACAGCAGGAUCGGCAGCUGGAGGAGCACUGCUACCACAAGAACAGCCUGAGCAAAGAGCAGCUGGAGGCGAUCGUGGCUGAGCUGCAGAAGAAGGUGAAAGUGCUGCAGCAGCGGCACCGCCGACACCUGGAGAAACUUCUGGGCCUGGAGAACACGGUCAGCCAGCUGAGACAAAGCAACCUGCUGAAUGAAGAGCGACUGCAGCUGCUCGAGAGGGCUUACAUACAGACCAGUGCAGCCGUGUCAGACGUCGGCGAGACCGUGGCGAUCAUCUACGAAGAGGACGAUGCUGCAUACCUGUACACUCCACUGAACAACGCCGAGGAGAAACUGUGAAGCCCGAUCCGUGCGUCCGUCUGCUGCCCACUGUGCCAAAAAAGUGACAUGGCAAAUACUACCUGACGCGUGUUGUUUUAUUUUUAGUUUUCCUUUUAACGAAAUAAGACCUGUGAAACGUGGCGGUGUGUUAUAUCUGCAGUGAGCUUUGCACAACUAUGAAUGAGCAAUAUGGGACAAUGUUGAAUGUAGUUUGUUUUUUUUAUGGUUUCCACCCCCCCUCCCCUUCUUUCUUUCUUUCAACCACUUUUCCUUUGACUUGAAGUAUUUUUGUUAGUAAUAAUGUACAUAUCAAAUUAAAAAUAACUUCCAUAAUA